GAAAGUUUGAUCAUUUUUAACGAAAUUUCUCGUGCACAAAUAUUCACUGGAAAACUUGGCGGCGUUUCAGAGAAUGGAGCCUCGGAGCAAUUUGAACCGGGCCGCCAGCGAGACGAGCAAGCGCAGUUCGCGCAGCGUCAUCACGGGCGACGGCGGCAGCAACGCGGCUCUUUCGGUGUCGCCGGCGCCGGGCGACGAGGACGCCCCCAGCAGCCGAGCACCCAGAGAACAGAAGGUGCUCAAACGACCGCCUAUGAAUUACACCAGUAACUUGGUCUUGCGUCGGAGCCGCACCAAAUGCAAAAACGCCGAGCCGCCGAAAGUGAUCAAGCUGGACGACUUUUGCGACCCGUCCGGCUGCGUCAGCGUCACCUUCGAGCUCUGCAUCAAGGAUGACGGAAAUUUACAAGUUAAGUUGAUCUCGAAAGAAACUGAACACGGGAAGAUCGACAACAUCUCAGACUCAGUCGACGACGAAGAGGCCGCCACCAUCGCCACCGACACGUUCCCACGCGAGAUCCCUGUCCGGGAAUUUUUCACGGAUCCGUCCAUCCACUCCAAAGUCACAGAGCAGAUCAAUUCCUCGGGGAUCGAAAUCGCCGCCGGGAUCGACCCCCAUCACCAUCAUUACAGUCACGACGGGGUCAGCAAAAGCUCGGGCAGUGCUUCACCGAGUCCAGGCCUGAGUGUCACAGCGCAAGAUGGCGAAGACCUGAAACUAUUGUCGGAAUUCGACGACAUCAAGCGGGAAUUGCUCAACAUCCCGGACGUAGAGGUUAUUCGCGGGGGUAAUGACGGUCGGGCUGUCGACGACGACGAUGACGAAGACUUUUUCGAUUGA